AUGUUCAGCACGCGGGCACUCACGCUCCUGUCCUCUGUGUUUGGGGCUUGCGGCCUGCUCCUGGUGGGCGUGGCUGUGUCCACAGACUAUUGGCUGCUGAUGGAGGAGGGCGUGGUUCUGCAGCAGAACCAGAGCAUGGAGGUCAGGAUGGCCCUGCACUCUGGCAUGUGGAGGGUCUGCUUCGUGGCAGGACCUGAAAAGGGGAGAUGUGUAGCAUCGGAAUACUUCACCACUGAAGCUGAGAUAGACAUCGUGACCGAAAACACUGCAAAUAUACUAAAGAUGGUACGGACGGCCACACCGUUCCCCAUGGUUUCGCUGCUUUUCGUCUUCACCGCCUUCGUCAUCAGUAACAUCGGACACAUCCGGCCCCAGCGCACCAUCCUAGCCUUCAUCUCUGGAAUCUUCUUCAUCCUCUCAGGGCUGAGCCUGGUGGUGGGCCUGGUCCUCUACAUCAGCAGCAUCAACGACGAGGUGAUGAACCGGCCACGUGAGCCCGAGCACUUCUUCCACUACCACUACGGCUGGUCCUUCGCCUUCGCUGCCAGCUCCUUCCUCCUCAAAGAGGGGGCUGGGGUGAUGUCAGUGUACCUCUUCAUGAAGCGCUACGCCGAGGAGGAGAUGUACCGGCCCCACCCAUCCCUCUACCGCCCCCGCCUGUCCGAGUGCAGCGACUACAGCGGCCAAUACCUUCAUCCCGAGUCGUGGCCUCCUCCAAAGAGGGGCCGCAGCGCAUCUGAAGUCUCCAGCGACAUCUCCAUCCAGCUGAACCAGACACCCCCGCCGCCCAAGGGCAGCUCCAUGCAGCAGCAGCAGGCCCCGUCCUCUGGCCCCUCCUCGGGCGCCAGCUACCAGCCGUCCUCCUCCUCCUCAUCCUACCCCCACCACUCCAUGUCCUCCCACCCCCUCCACUCCAGCCACCACACCAUGUCCUCCCACCCCAGCGGGCCCCCUCCCCAGUCCAUGCCCAUGGCCAUGCCCCCCUCCGCCCAGCCCCCUCCCCGAUACCACCAACACAUGCACAUGAGUGCCUCGCCGUGCUAGAAGGGGGGAGUGAGGGAUGAGGGAGGGAGGGGAGGGGGGGAUAGACAGAGCAGGGGUUGGCUCUGUCGUACAUCCAACACACAGAGACAGAUGCAAACACACACACACACACACACACAUGCACACAUACGUGCACACACAGAAGUGUGGGAGGAGAGAUGGAAGAGGGGAGGAAGGAAGGAUAUUUAGGAGAUCAAGAGAAAGAAGGGAAUGAACGAAGGAAAGAAAACGAGAUGGGUGGAGGAUGAUUCACAAUGGAUGCUGUGCUUAAAAUGAAGACAGAUAUUUUAAAAGAGGGAGAGAGAGAGGGAGGGAUAUGAUCAUCAUUUACACAAUAAGAAAAAGAGGGAGGGGGGGUUUAUAAGAAAGGGUGAUGCUGUUUCAGAAGAAAAAUAAUUUUGCAUUUCAAGCACUAACACACACAAGAAUCAAGAACAAAUUGUAUAUGCAUAGAGAUUUAUACUUAAACUGUAUAGACAUUUCUUUCUCUUAAGUCCUGGAAAAACAAACGUUGAAAUCUUAACCAUGUUUGUCUUUCAUGAGAUAUGUAUAUUCCUGUAAUAUUAGUUCUAUCAUUUCAUUCAUUGUUUGUAUUUGAGAGGCAAGAAUUGUGAGUACCAAGACGGAAAUCUGAGACAUCUGAAGAUCAUUCAGGGUUCUGUGACUUAUCUGCACAUACUGUAACAUCUCAGAUUCCGCAAGGGUUCCAAAAUGGUUCUUCGGCUUUCCCCAUAGGACAACCCUUUUUGGUUCCAUGUAAAAUCCUCUGUGAAAAGGGUUCGACAUGGAUUCUAAAAGGGGUCUAGCUGGAACCAAAAGGGUUCUACCUGGAAAGAAAAAGGGUUCUUCUCCAAUGAGGACAGCCUUUAGGUUCUAGCUAGCAUCUUUUGUGUGUGUGUGUGUGUGUGUGUGUGUGUGUGUGUGUGUGUGUGUGUGUGUGUAUAUAAAUGUCCAGGUCAUAGGCUUCAGCAUCCAUAAAAAAAAACACUUGAAUUGUUGUUUCAUGUUUUUGACUAAAAUGUCACGGUAACAAAGAAAAUCCAUAACUUUCCAUCAUUUAGAAAUAUUUAUUUCUGAGUAUAAAAAAAAGCACCCAUUUUACUACGAAGAAUGAGAGCCUAUUUGCAGAUUCCAUGAGACAUAUGAUCCUCCUUUGAUUGCUAAUUAGCUUGAGUGUUCAUAUUCUGUAGCACAUGGCUGCUUACCAGUAGAGUAUCUUCCUUCUAUUCAUAGUUACCAAAAGAGCUUCCCAUACAGCAAUGGAGUAGAUUGAUGAAGUAAAGACUGUGUUUGUUUUGAAAUGUUUACUUUUCUCCUUCUGACUGUGACUCGGGAUAUAUAAUACAUGCUGCCUAUGUAGUCUACCUAAUGCACAACAUGUUUACAUUCUAUUCUGAUGUUUAUUGGUAUCCUUAUACUAAAUGCAACACACACACACACACACACACACACACAAACCAGCUGCCACAGUCCUGCUAUAACUACAUUUACUACUAUUUCUACUACUAAUAUCAAAAGAAAGAUUGUGACCAUUAUCAUCAUCUAUGUUUAUAAACAUCUGUAUUAUAAUAAUGUAAGUAAAUGCAAAUAUAUAUGAAAAUAUAAUAAAACCAUAGAGGAUGUGUGAGAAAGAAAGUGAGAGGUUGGAUGUCUAAUAUAAAGCACAGAAAUCAACAUUGAGUGUACCAAAAUUAGAAACCCCUCCUCCCUCCUCAAUUCGUCGGGGCAUGGACUCUACAAGGUGUCGAAAGUGCUCCACAGGGAUGCUGAACCAUGUUGACUCCAAUGCUUCCCACAGUUGGGUCUAGUUGGCUGGAUGUCCUUUGGGUGGUGGACCAUUCUUGAUACACACAGGAAACUGUCGAGCGUGGGAUAACCCUGCUACCAUAGCCCUAUAGCCCUGUUCAAAGGCACUUACAGUACGUCUUUUGUCUUGCCCAUUCACCCUCUGAAUGGCACACGUACACAAUCCGUGUCUCAAUUAUCUCAAGGCUUAAAAAUCCUUCUUUAACCUGUCUCCCCCCUUUCAGCUACACUGAUAGAGGUGGAUUUAACAAGUGACAUCAAUAAAGGAUCAUCGUUUUCCCCUGGUCAAGUCUAUGUCAUGGAAAGAGCAGAUAUUCUUAAUGCUUUGUAUACUCAGUGAAUUUCACAAUAGCGUCUCUUAGUGAAUGAAGGUCUAAACGAGAGCAAAACAUGUCCAAUGGGUCUCUGUAGCACCACCGAGUGGUGCUUUUGUUGUGAGUCUGAUUGCUCUCCAUCGAGGUUGAACGUUGCCUUUUGUGUCAUGACAUUGCUCAUUUCUUCUAGCGAACCGAUAGCAAUUCUGGACUUGGGGGAUAGAAGAACGACUUAUAACAAAGUCUUGCAAUGUCUGCCUACAAAUAGUGAACUAAUUCCCGAUCAAUGUACAUUCAUUUCAAUUUGAGACAUUGAAUUGCAUUCCAAUUGUUUUCCUAGUAUGAUGUGGUUGUUUUUCCGAAUUCCAGAUCUUUUCAUGCGACCAGAAAACUUGAUCAAAUGUUUUUUAAUAUCUAUAUUGUUUUUUUUUGUAUGUAGCAGAUGCACAUACACAUGUGAUGAGUGGUAGCAUUCGUUUGUUUGGGACCCAGGACAGCGAUGUACAGCCUAUAAUAUAGUAUAGAGUCAAAUAUAUGAACGCAUUAGCAAACAGGACUGGCUCCUGCUGGAGGGAAAACUAUAACAAAAUAAUAUUUGUAGCUUGUUCUGUAAUCAUAAUAGGUAGAAAAGUGUAGUGGUGUAGUUUUAUUAACUCUAUAGUGUAAAAUAUAGUAGGCCUAUUCUGAUUUGGUGUGAGAGGUUGAUUAAGCGAGAGAGAGAGAGAGAGAGAGAGAGAGAGAGAGAGAGAGACAGAGAGAGAGAGAAAGAGAGAGAGAGAGAGAGAGAGAGACAGACAGAGAGAGAGAAAGAGAAGAGAGAGAGAGAGAGAGAGAGAGAGAGGUGAAAGGGGUAGCUAUAAGAAUUGUAUCACAUUUUAUGUUGUCAAUGAAAUAUGAUCAUCCUGUUGUUUUUCCUCAUUAUACUACUCUGCUAAAUUGAGGUUUCCUUUCAGAGAGCCAUGUCUUGACUAGACCGUGAAUGUUAUUGGAGUUGAGGACGAUUGUGGUUUUUCCGUAGCUCAAGUGAGAUUCAUUGAUUUCCUCAAGCUCCUUUUAUUGCCUCCACUUGUUUCUCCUCUUGCUUCCCACCCCCGGUAAAUCCUACCUUUUGAACUUUAUUGAUCAUUUGUCUUGGUUUGUCUCUCAAAUCCCCGUUAAUGUAAUGUGGGGCAGACUUGUUCCACCUGUCUCUUCUCUUUCCUGGCCUCGUUUUUCACUCUUUCUCCAUUUCUUUCUUCUUCUGUUAAGGCGCUCUCUUAGAACCUGUCUUUGAGCUUAUUAAAAUGAACUGUGCCUAACAACAGUAGCGGAGAUCAAAGCUAUUAAUUAUUAUCAAGAUCAUUAUAUAAGUCUUAUUGUUGUUACUAUUAUUAUUAGUGUAAAUAUGUUACCCAUAUUUACCACAAAAUCAACGGUUUAAUGGUAAUAAUGACAAUAAUGACAUUUUCUUUUUGCUAAGCAAUGCACUAAUGAAUCUGAAGAGAUUGUUCAUACCUGAGAUACCAUUUGCUAUUGGAUCGAUGCCUGGGGGUUGCUGACUAACGUCAUUGUUCCACAACUAAUGAAUAAAUCCUAGAGGUAAACCUGUGUGUGCUUAAUGUUUGUGGUCAGAUGUCUGACACACACAAUCACACACACAAAACACACACAAUCACACACACACACACACACACAAACACAAUCACACACACACAAUCACACAAACACAAUCACACACACACAAACACAAUCACACACACAAACACACCUACCACUGAUGUCAGGAACUUUUAGAGCUGAAAAGAUCAACAUGGCUAAACUAUAUUGAGAUGAAAUCCUGUUUGCACACUGGUGUAGAGAACGAAUAGCAUGACUGGAGACUGACAUACUCAGUAUCUUGGUAAUGCCCCCUGCUAUUGUGUUUUAAUCCAAAGCUCUGCUUAUUUAAAGCCAUACGAAAUGUAGCAGUUCUGUGUGUGUGUGUGUGUGUGUGUGUGCGUGCGUGCGUGCGUGUGUGUGUGUGCGUGCGUAUGUGUGUGUGUGUCUGUGUGUGUGUGUGUAAUGGUGUUAAUGGGUGUUACGAUGUUUUACGUGUGUGUGAACUGUGUGUAGUGUGUGGAUCAGAAGUCUCCACAAGAAUAGUACCAAACAAAAAUUGGGCCAACUGGGGACAUUUUGUUGGCCCCCCCACGAGAUCAAAUGCUAUUUCUAGGGGGUUUAGGGUUAAGGUUAGAAUUAGUGUUAGGGUUAGAAUUAGGUUUAGGGUUAGGAGCUAGUGUUAGGUUUAGGGUUAAGGUUAGGUUUUUGGGUUAAGGUUAGGGUUAGGAUUAGGGUAGAGUAUGGUUUAGGGUUAGGAAAAAUAGGAUUUUGAAUGGGACUGAAUUGUUGGUCUCCACAAGGUUAGUUAUACAUUACUGUGUGUGUGUGUGUGUGUGUGUGUACAGCGGUGGGUGGAGUUCGUGAUUUGGAGGCCCCAUGCAGAGACCAGUCUGAGGCCCCCAUGGGUUUUAUAGUAUAGUUUUAUAGUAGCUGAUAGAUACAUUGUGACAAAAUACACCAUAUUACCAACGAUUGUUCUAUCUGUGAUAUUAACAGUGGUGACCUGUUUAGCAAAAAAAGAGUUUGCAAAGCUGUCAUCAAGGCAAAGGGUGGCUACUUUGAAGAAUCUCAAAUAUAAAAUAUAUUUUGAUUUGUUUAGCACUAUUUUGGUUACUACAUGAGUUGAAUGAGUAGGUGUGUCCAAACCUUUGACUGGUACUGUAUAUAUGUUUUUUGUUGUUGCUUGUUAUUUUGGCAUUAAUACGUGUCACAUAUCAGUUUCCAAACAAGGCAAAAAAAUAAUCAUUGAGUUA